GGAGAUGACCCCGGCUGGUUGACACCGACCUCUGCCUCCGGCGCCCAGGGCCAGAGGACCCAACCUGCGAGGUCAGGGAAGGGCCGCAGCUGAGGCAGUCCGCGGGCUCCCGUCGCGGGCGCAGGGACUGGAGAGGGGAGAUCCCUGGGGGCGCCCGGCACCCUGCCGCCAUGUGCGAGCUGUACAGCAAGCAAGAGACCCUGGCGCUGAGGAGAAAGCACAUCGGGCCUUCAUGCAAAGUUUUCUUUGCUGCGGAUCCCAUCAAAAUAGUGCGAGCCCAGAGGCAGUACAUGUUUGACGAGAAAGGUGACCAGUACUUGGACUGCAUCAACAACGUUGCCCAUGUGGGACACUGCCACCCAGAAGUGGUCAAAGCUGCCCAGAAACAGAUGGAACUACUAAAUACAAAUUCUCGAUUCCUCCACGACAACAUUGUUGAGUAUGCCAAGCGCCUCUCAGCAACCCUGCCGGACAGACUCUCUGUUUGCUAUUUUACAAAUUCAGGAUCGGAAGCCAAUGACUUAGCCUUACGCCUGGCUCGGCAGUUCAGAGGCCACCAAGAUGUGAUCACUCUUGACCAUGCUUACCACGGUCACCUAUCAUCUUUAAUUGAGAUCAGUCCAUAUAAAUUUCAAAAGGGCAAAGAUGUCAAGAAAGAAUUUGUGCAUGUGGCACCAGCUCCAGAUACUUACAGAGGAAAAUACAGAGAAGACCACGCAGAUCCGGCCAGUGCUUACGCAGAUGAAGUGAAGAAAAUUAUUGACGAAGCUCAUAACAGCGGAAGAAAGAUUGCUGCCUUUAUUGCUGAAUCCAUGCAGAGUUGUGGCGGACAAAUAAUUCCUCCAGCAGGCUACUUCCAGAAAGUGGCAGAAUAUGUCCGUGGAGCAGGAGGUGUGUUUAUAGCUGAUGAAGUUCAAGUAGGCUUUGGCCGAGUUGGGAAACAUUUCUGGAGUUUCCAAAUGUUUGGCGAAGACUUCAUUCCAGACAUAGUCACAAUGGGAAAACCAAUGGGCAAUGGGCACCCAAUGGCAUGCGUGGUAACAACCAGAGAAAUUGCAGAAGCCUUCAGUGCCUCUGGGAUGGAGUAUUUCAACACGUAUGGAGGAAAUCCAGUAUCUUCUGCUGUUGGUUUGGCCGUCCUCGAUGUAAUAAAAAAUGAAGACCUUCAAGGAAAUGCCACAAGAGUAGGGAAUUAUCUUACUGAGUUACUGAAUAAGCAGAAGACUAAACAUACUUUGAUAGGAGACAUCAGGGGCGUUGGCCUUUUUAUCGGGAUUGACUUAGUGAAGGACCAUCAGCAAAGGACCCCCGCCACAGCAGAAGCUCAGCACAUCAUCUACAAGAUGAAAGAAAAGCGAGUGCUUCUCAGUGCCGACGGACCUCAUAGAAACGUACUUAAAAUAAAACCGCCUAUGUGCUUCACUGAGGAAGAUGCCAAGUUUAUGGUGGAACAACUUGAUGGUAUCCUAACAGGUUUAGAAGAAGCCGUUGGAGCUGAAACUGAGAGUAUGAUCUCUAAGAAUACUCCUUGCAGAACCAAGAUGCCCAAGGAAGCACAGUCAGAAAUGCUCAGAGACAGCAGCCUGGAAUCCAGAGAAAAUCCCAGCCGAAAGAGAAAUGGAUUGUGCACAGAUUCACUGCUCAGCAAGAGGCUCAGAACGUGAGAGAUGAGCAUUUUACAAGAUAACUGUCCGGAGUUACAGAGAAUGAAUGCGGAUGUCCCUUCUGUUAAAGCUCUGUUGUACCCUCUGAAUGAAAUAUUUGCAUUUACUCAGAGGUAUAAAGUCAAUGAGUCAUAAGAUUAAUCCAAAUGAUAAUCAAACCAUGUCAAGACUAUUAGUUCAGCAUUUAGCCUAUUAAUUCCUUACUUGAGAUUUCUACAAGUACUUCCUUUAUAUUCUACUCAAUUUAAGCUUCAAAUGAAAUAUUUAUUAAGUUGACAGUUUUACUUCUCAUAUUUUAAUCUUUGACAUGACAGAGUAAAGUACAGUAGGUUUCUGAACUUUGGAAACUUAGUGCCUUAAAAUAUUGUAUUCUUUAAUGAUUUAAUUUAUAAAUAUUUAUGGCUAUAAUAAAAUAAAAGAUGAUAUGAACCAAAAAAA